AUGCCAGACACCGAUAUGGGGGAUGAGUCACCAAAGGAGGGCGAGGUCCCGGUCUUUACACCUGCAACUCGAAUCGCGGAAUUGAACGACAUUGAUCGAUCUGUCGCUACACUGCUCUCCGCGGCAUCGGAUGCUAUCGCCAUUCUCUCGAACACGCCGACAAGUGAAAAGCACGAGGCAGCUCUUCGUAACGCCACAUGCGCUAGAGCAGCCUUUUCAACAGCCGCCGAGAAUUAUUUCUCUACACUCUCCUCUAUCGAAGUUCGACUUCGCCGCCAAGUUUAUGCAUUGGAGGAAGCCGAGCUCAUUAGGCCUGGGGAUGAAAAGGACGCACGAAGAGGGCGAGCGCCGGGCGGUGACAACAAUGUGGUCAGAGUUGGAGGUGGUCCUCUUGAUCCAAGCUGGCUGAAUGCUAGAGCCAGUGACAAGGUUGGCGUGGGGAUGAAGAAGGAGCUUCUGGCUCAAGCGCGGGAAUGGGUCGAACGCCAUGGCAAGGACACUGUUUGA